AUGCAACAAAACAUUGAAGAAUUCAUAGAUUCCAUUUGUAAGAAUGAUCUUGUUGUCUUCUUCUUUGCUGGUCAUGGAACUCAAUGGAAUGAUCAAAACUAUUUACUACCUGUUGACAAUGAUCGAAUAAAAACCAGGAACAAUCUCAAGACUAAAGCUAUCAAUGCACAAGAUACUCUUGAACGCAUGUCGAAUAAUGAACCUGCUGCAACCAUAUUUCUUCUAGAUUGUUGUCGUGAUUAUUGCAUCGAAAAUGAAGCUUUAAUACGUUCGGGUACAAGAGGUGGUUCAGCAUUGCCUACUGGUCUUACCGGUAUGCGGACGUCGAGAGAUUCAAUGAUCGUUUUUGCUUGUGCUCCUGGAAAAUUAGCUAAGGAUGUUGCCAAGAAUGGUCGGAAUGGUCUAUUUACAUUUCAUUUGCUUCAACAUGUAGCAAGAUGCAACGAAGAUAUCGAUAAAGUUAUGCGUUAUGUUUCUACAGGCGUAUCAGACGAAAGUAAUGGAGAGCAACAACUACAUAGAGUCAGUUUAAUCGAAACUCCACAUCUAUCGCUCAAUACAGUUCAUCGAGAAAUCGGAAUAGAUGUUGCUAUACACAGUACACCAGAAUCUUGGCCAAUAGAAAAUGUAAUUCAAUGGCUUGAAUCUAUUGGUUUAGGCGAAGUUAUCAAAAAUUUUAAGGAUAACGACAUUGAUGGUUCAUUACUAAUGAGCGAUGGUUUAGACGAUACAGUGUUGAAAGAAUUGAUUACUCAAUUAAAAUAUCGAAUACUGUUUAAAAUUGAACUUGCCAAGCUAAAAUCAAAAUCUCAGCAGAAGUCUAUAAUAUCAACAACAGAUAGCAAUGUCACCUGUAUAACAUUGAAAUCAACCGAUACUUCAGAAAUGUUAUCGAUGACUGGAAACACAAGCCAAGCCUCAGUUACUAAUGAUACUCAAGGCUGCAAAAUCGUACCAGCAGGAAGAGUGGGCGCCAAAGCUAUUUGUCAUGCACCGAAUCGACAUGUUUCAAAUAGAAACAUACAGAUUAAUUUGAAGGAUCUACUCAAUGAUGCAAACUGCGUCCAUUCUACGGCGAUAGAUGCUAAGUAUUUUACUAAUGAUGAUUAUAAACUAUUGAAAAAAUGGUGGUCAUGUCUAUGCUCUGAAGAUAUUAGGCAAUCUAUUGGGUUAGAUCAAACAUUCAAUACAUUGGUAGAUGAAACGAUUAAUGCACAAACACUUAUCGAAGAAUUAACACAAAAUCACUCAAUCACCGCUUAUAUAGUUGAUAGUUUAAAAAGAUAUCAUAGUUUAAUGGAUAUUAUUCACAUUUUGCCAUCAUGCAAUCAACUUGAUUUGGCGAAAUUUCCACAACAACGUCAAAAAAGUAUUCAACUAUUUUGUAAUGUAAUAGGUACAAUAACAAAAUCAGUUUUACUAACAACAACAAUUCAUUCUAUGUCAUAUGAAAGUCAACGUUAUUUUGGUAAUUUUAUUAAGAAAAAUGAUUUACCUGUACCAUUUGCAUAUUAUAUGUGGAAUAAAGAAAUAAAUUCUAUCGAAUAUAAAAUCAACUUUAAUUUAUUGUCUGAAAUAAUGUGUUUGACAAAUGGUCAAUAUAUUUUACAAAUUGGUAGUGAAUCAACAUUUGGAAUGGGUAAGACCAGCAUGUUACAAUAUAUCUUUCCUGACAAACGCACGGAAACAUUGAAUACAGAUGGAAGUUCCACUCUUCGAAAUGGAUGUAUCGAUGUACUUUGCUCACCAGAUGAAAAAAAUCAAAAGGAUGAAUCGCAUACUAUUUUUGAUGUACAUGGAACAAUUAAUAUUUUUAAUGAAGACAUUAUUACUUCUAUUCAAACAUAUUGUUCACUUCAAAUUCUUUAUGUUACAGAAGAAGAUCUUAAUGGUGUAUUUUUAAAUUCUAUGAUGAACUACUCAGAAUGCAUAAAAACAAAACCUACUAUUGUUGUCAUUUUCGAUCCAAAUUAUGAUGAUAAACGCGAUUAUGCAGAAAAAAUUAUUAAUACUUUUCUAUCACAAUAUGGGUAUUGGAAGAAUAUAAGAUGGAUAACAGCACCACCUUCUCAAUUAUGGUAUCGGCGUGAUAAUAAUAAAAAAAGUAAAGAUUUAACACGUUCACAACGUCUUCUUAAAUCAUUUGAAACAUUGAGACAAAGUACAAAUGCAGAAGUGCAGAAACAAAUAAAAUGCACAUCGAUAUUUUCUAUUCUAUCCUAUUAUCUUACUGUUAAAACUUCAACAAAUUCUGGUGCGCCGAUUCAUUAUUAUUUUGAAAUUGAAGAUCGUCUUAAACAACUAUUCGAUGAUUUAAAUGAGACAACAGAAAAUCUUCGUAUUACAACUCCAGUUAGUUACUUGGAUUCUGCAAUAAAACAAUGUGAGAAGGAAUUGUUAAAUAACUGGGAUGCUUCACCAAAAGAAAUACAAACUCGAAAAGAAAAUUUGAUUCGGGAGCGAUCAAAAAUUAUAACUGUCAAUAGUUACACUGGUUUUUUCAUUGACCUAUUGACGAAAUGUUCAUAUACAGAAUUAUUAAUAACUAAAAAAUAUUUAGAGAAAUGGCGAUCGCAGUUCGAAUCAACAUUACUUGAACAAUUAAGCAAAGCAAAAGUUGAAGCCUCAAAAUUAAGUUCACGAAUUAAACAGAUAGAAGAACGCUUGUCAACACAGAAGAAUUUCAACCAUGCAGAAAAGACACAAAUGCAACAAGAACUACAUAAUGUUAAAAGCAAAUUUGAUCAACAACUUAGACUCGUCAAUGAAAUUAAUCAGAAACUUCUGAAUAUUGAUCUAACUAUUGGUCUCUUUUGUGAUGAAAUAAUGGCUUUAUAUGAACUUUCACCACAUAUGUUUAAUCCUCCUACUCUUAUACAAGAUAUCGCUAAAGCAUUCGUCAGUUUAAUGCAGAAAGGCUUUCCAAUUCAUAUACUUCGUGGUCGUCCAUUACAAUGUCAAAGUCGAUUGAUAGACGAAAGCAUAAAAUUUCUUUCGUUAACAACACAUGGACCACCAUUAGUUUUAACAGUUAUUGGUGAACAAUCAUCAGCUAAAUCAUCAUUAAUGAAUACAACAUUUGGUUGUAAUUUUCGUGUUAGUCCUGGACGUUGUACAAUUGGAAUGUAUAUGAGCGUUAUUCGUUGGAAAUCCAAAACAAUUGUUAUUUUUGAUACAGAAGGACUUCUUUCAUUGGAAGAAGCUGGUUCUAUAUUUGAUAAUCAGAUGAUUACAAUGGCUGUACUUUCUUCACAUCUUGUUUUAAUUAAUCAUAAAGGUGAAGUUAGUUCAAAUUUAAAAGAUCUUAUUGGUAUGAGUUUUUACGCAAAAUUGAAUAUCCAAAGUCCAAUUAAACCAAAACUAUUAUUUGUUUUAAGAGAUCAAGCAGAUCUUUCAUCAAAACAAACAUUCUUUCGACAAUUAACAGAAUUAAAAGAUCAAUUACAAAAUGAUAGUAAAUUUCUUAAAACUUCAAUUGAUGAUGAACUUGAGAUUAAUAAUGAAAAUGUUUAUUUAUUACCUAAUGCAUUUUCACAUUACACUGAUGCUAUUUCAAAUAUACCACGAUGUUGGAGAAAUCAAACAUUCCCACAAGAAAUUAUUAAGCUUCGUCAAAUAAUAUUUAAUAAUAUCACAAGUACUACAAAACCACGAAGAUUUUACCAAAUCAACAGAACUUCAGCUAUCGAACCGCAAUCAUCUACAAUAGAUGCAACAUAUAUAGAUAUGACACAUCUAUAUACAAAAAUUUCAAGUAAUUGGGAAGCAAUUGAUCGUCUAGGUUCUAGAUUAUUAGAAUGUAAAACACUCCAUGAACUUUCGAUAUUAAAAGAACUUCAAACUAUAGCGAAUGAAAUAAUUAAGACAGCAAAUGCAACUGUCUUUCUACGUGUUGAAAGUUUAAUUGAAAGAACGUUAUUAGAAUUUUCAAGCGCUGGUUGUAUUGUUAAAGAACUGGAUACUAUUAAUAAUAAAUUUAAUGAUCAAUUAACUGGAAUAAUUACAUACGCCGUCAAUCAAGCACAAAUGGAUUUUAAUGAUAAAACAGAAAGAAGUUGUUAUCUACCAGAAAUCAAAUCAAAAGUUAGUAGAUAUUUAGAACCAACAAUUCAUUCUGCACAACAUCUAUUAAGAAAAAAUUUUGAAACACGUAUAAUAGAUGCAUCAAAGAAGGCACAGGUGAAUAGUGCACAAAAACAAUUAUUAAUAAAGUCAGUACAAGCAGAAUUUGAUGAACAUAAAAGCCUUGAAUUAAAUGAUUUGAAAAAUCGUCCUGACAUGAAAUUUCAAUCCAUGAUAGAACAACAUCGCAAGAAUCUUCAAUCAUCAUCGAAAACAAACACUGAAAUUAUACGGAACAUUUUAAAGUUCUAUAAUAGUCAACUGUUGUGUAAACAGCGAAAAAGAAUCCAUGGAAGUAUUUACGAAUUGUUAUCUCCUAUACAUGAUGAAGGAGCAUUUCAAACGUAUUUUAAAAAAUUUGAAAUUUGUUUAUCAUGGUCUGUAAGAAAAACAAUGCAACAGGUUCCACACAAAUAUGGUGGUUAUUGGAAAGGUUUUAAAUCAUGGUUUACCGGACCAUUAGAUAAAUAUAUCGAUUUUCUAUGGGAAAAUUUAAAAGAUGACAUAAAAUGGUUUACAAACAGUCAGAAAGUAGACAAGAAUAAGGAAACUUUUGCACAGAUAUGGAGUAAUGUUAUACUAGAAUUUCAAGAAAAUCUUUUAACAUCAAUCGAGGCUGCACAAUCUUUUUCAUCAUAUUCAAUGACUGUUCAACAUCUCGUUCAACAUAUUGAAAAUGCAAUGAAUUCUCCAUAUAUCAUCAAAGGAAAUUGUAUAGAGAAACACAUAUUCUGUUCAGAUCUGGUUGUAAUUGGUCUUGAUACGAUAAUUACCGAAGCAAUAGCAAAAGAAAAAUCAGAUUAUGAAUUAAAUUUACAAAAUUCAACAAAUACAAUAAAAGAAUGUCAAAACAAUUUAUAUAAACAAUGUACAGUGAUGAAUAAUUCAUUUGAAUUAGGACGAACACUUGCUGAAAUAAUUGGAAAACAGAUUAUAAAAGAAAUUAGCCAUCUUUUACAACGUAAAAUUGAUAAAGAUAUAAAAGAAGAUCUUAUGAAAAGUCAAUUUAUUAAUCAUGAAGCUAUACAAAAACGAGCUUAUGCAGAGAGUAUAAGUCAGGCAAAUGGUGAGAAUAUUCUUAAAUAUAUUUAUGAUAUUAAUCGAUAUUUUACUGAAUUGAGUUUAAAGGAAAUAAAAACAACCUUACAUACUAUAACACAUCAUCGUACAUUAAAAUUUGAACAUUUAAUUAUUAAAGCAAUUAAUACAGCAAAUCAAUUUGUUCAAGAACAUACAUAUUACGACACUGUUCAAUUAAAAGAUGGAAUACGAAAUGCAAUUCUUGACAUACCUGAAUUGAAACUGAAAGAAUCAUUGGAAAGAGAAUUAUGCUUGAUGUUUCUAAUGAAUAAUGUUAUUCGCAUACCAAUUAAUGAUGAACAACUAUUUAAACAAGGUUUUGCAAAUAUUUCUACAUGUUACAAAGAUAUUGAAGAAAAAAUCACCGAUUUAACAAAAAAUAUCAAAAGUAAAGCAUUUAACAGUUGUAAACAGAGCAUUGCACCAUGGCUUGGUUGUCAAGUCCGAUGUCCAGGAUGUGGUGCUAAAUGUAGUAAACCAGAGCCUCACCACAAAGAAGAAAUUGAAGUUUGGCAAGAUUCUUAUACACAUCCUAAGCCAAGAUUUCUUGAAACUCAUGAAAGUACAUAUCACUUAGCACCUGCAUUUCAUGGGCGGGUACAUCACCAACUACGUACACCGUGUCUUGAAUUAUGUUAUCAGCGCUGGACGACAAUAGAUGUUCAUGUUGGAAAACAACGGCGAUCGAAUAACUUGCAGAAUGAAAAGAGCGAUGAGACUGAAGAUGAAAUUGUAUUUCCAAAAGCCAAAUAUUAUAAUGAAAGACACCCAGCAUGGUAUAAUAGUUUAAAAAAACAAUCAACAGAAGGUAAUGCAUGCAAUGAAUCGAUCCCACCACCUGAUCAAAGACGUGCUUGGAUGGUUGUUCGCCAUGCAAUCGUGAAUCGUUAUAAAAGUUCUAUGAUUGACAACAAAGAAUAUGAUGAUAAAUCAUAUCCAUUAAAUGUUGAAGCUUUACCAGCAGACUUCGAGCCACAAUGGAAAGAUGAAAAUUUUGAAUAA